GUCUACUUUAUCACGUUGAUGGUCAAAGAACCUUUAUUUCUUGCUAAAACAAAAACCAAGAGUAAAUACAUCUCAACUUCUCUAAAAUGAAAAUUUUUAUAUAUUUGUUGGCACUACAAUUAUUCAUCAAACUUAGUUCAGUAAAUGGUGCAGCCAUAAUUUGUGAAGAAAAGAAGGCUUCCAAAACAAAUGAAGAAACUGUGGAUAAACUUAACCACAAUACCUCAAGUCAUCACUUGCAGCACAACUCGCACAAGCAACACUACAAUGAAACCAAUAAACUGAAUAAAUUCUUGCAUAAAAUACAGUGUUCUCUCGAGAAGGCCAAACCAUGGAUCGAUGAAUUGGAACAGGAAACAAAGCGUUUAGAGGAAGCGGCUAAAAUUUUGGGUAUUGGCAUACUGAAUAGUUUUGGAGAUUUUAUUAACAAAUUAUCCGAGGAUGGCCCAACAUUAGGGCAAACUAUAGGAAUGAAUGUAACAGCCUCAACGGAAGGGGUGACGACGGAAGAAAUACCUGUAAUAUUAUGUCCCGAUGGUUUCGUAGCCGAUUACAAUGGCAUUUGUGAAAGGAUUUAAAUUUAUUUAAUUAAAUUUAAAUCAAUCUUCAAUGAGUUUAAAAUU